AUUGGCAACCAACAAUGGGUAAAAGACAAUGAGGCCAUCUACGACAUCUGCCGCAGAAACCUGGACAUCGAGCGUCCCACUUUCACCAACCUCAACAGGUUGAUCGGGCAGAUCGUGUCCUCCAUCACUGCCUCUCUGCGCUUCGACGGAGCUCUGAACGUCGAUCUGACAGAGUUUCAGACCAACUUGGUGCCCUACCCUCGCAUCCACUUCCCUCUAGCCACCUACGCUCCAGUCAUCUCUGCAGAGAAGGCCUACCACGAGCAGCUGACUGUCGCUAACAUCACAAACGCAUGCUUUGAACCAGCCGAUCAGAUGGUCAAGUGUGAUCCCCGUCAUGGUAAAUAUAUGGCCUGCUGUCUUUUGUAUCGUGGAGAUGUUGUUCCCAAAGAUGUCAACUCUGCCAUUGCCACCAUCAAAACCAAACGCAGCAUCCAGUUCGUGGACUGGUGCCCCACAGGCUUCAAAGUUGGGAUCAACUACCAGCCGCCCACAGUGGUGCCAGGAGGAGACCUGGCCAAAGUGCAGCGUGCGGUCUGCAUGUUGAGCAACACCACAGCCAUCGCUGAGGCCUGGGCUCGACUGGACCACAAGUUUGACCUGAUGUACGCCAAGAGGGCCUUCGUGCACUGGUACGUGGGCGAGGGCAUGGAGGAGGGAGAGUUCUCCGAGGCCAGAGAGGACAUGGCUGCUCUGGAGAAGGAUUAUGAAGAGGUGGGUUUGGACAGCGUCGAUGGAGAAGAGGAGGGAGAAGAAUAUUAAAACACGUUUGUCUGCAAAUAAAGCUCAACUGUUCGUUUUAAUGAGCAUGUUCCUAAGCAGUGUCCAGUUUUUUUUACCAAACUGAAGAAGAGGAGGGAGAAGAAUAUUAAAACAUGUUUGUCUGCAAAUAAAGCUCAACUGUUCGUUUUAAUGAGCAUGUUCCUAAGCAGUGUCCAGUUUUUUUUACCAAACUGAAGAAGAGGAGGGAGAAGAAUAUUAAAACAUGUUUGUCUGCAAAUAAAGCUCAACUGUUCGUUUUAAUGAGCAUGUUCCUAAGCAGUGUCCAGUUUUUUACCAAACUGAAGAAGAGGAGGGAGAAGAAUAUUAAAACAUGUUUGUCUGCAAAUAAAGCUCAACUGUUCGUUUUAAUGAGCAUGUUCCUAAGCAGUGUCCAGUUUUUUUACCAAACUGAAGAAGAGGAGGGAGAAGAAUAUUGAAACAUGUUUGUCUGCAAAUAAAGCUCAACUGUUCGUUUUAAUGAGCAUGUUCCUAAGCAGUGUCCAGUUUUUUACCAAACUGAAGAAGAGGAGGGAGAAGAAUAUUAAAACAUGUUUGUCUGCAAAUAAAGCUCAACUGUUCGUUUUAAUGAGCAUGUUCCUAAGCAGUGUCCAGUUUUUUUACCAAACUGAAGAAGAGGAGGGAGAAGAAUAUUAAAACAUGUUUGUCUGCAAAUAAAGCUCAACUGUUCGUUUUAAUGAGCAUGUUCCUAAGCAGUGUCCAGUUUUUUACCAAACUGAAGAAGAGGAGGGAGAAGAAUAUUAAAACAUGUUUGUCUGCAAAUAAAGCUCAACUGUUCGUUUUAAUGAGCAUGUUCCUAAGCAGUGUCCAGUUUUUUUACCAAACUGAAGAAGAGGAGGGAGAAGAAUAUUAAAACAUGUUUGUCUGCAAAUAAAGCUCAACUGUUCGUUUUAAUGAGCAUGUUCCUAAGCAGUGUCCAGUUUUUUACCAAACUGAAGAAGAGGAGGGAGAAGAAUAUUAAAACAUGUUUGUCUGCAAAUAAAGCUCAACUGUUCGUUUUAAUGAGCAUGUUCCUAAGCAGUGUCCAGUUUUUUUUACCAAACUGAUUAAACAAGUUCAAACAAAAAAAAAAAAAAAAAUAAAGAGAAGAGGAGCAAUGCUGUGCAACUGGAUCCAAAAUGGCCGCCCUCAGGUGUGUGUGUCUGUUGCUGCUCUUCACUGUUGGCUCCUGGGCUGAAGAAGAUGCAGAGCUCAGAUGAACCACGUCACUGGAUGGUUCUGGUGCUAUUUGCUCUCUCUUUUUAAAUCAAAUCAACUAAUCAUUUUUAAAAGAAUGAAUUGUGUUUUUCUUGAAGCUUUUAUCAAAAUAAGUUUAUACUCAGUUAUGUGACUACAGUUCUAAUGAGAUAUUUAUAUUAUACAGCAAUUUUGUAAUAUAUCAAAUGACAAUCUAUUUCUGUACAUUCCUAAAUUAAACCAAAGUUGAUUGUAAAGUC